CCACAGUGUUUUCUGCUGUAGAACCUGAGAACAUGGCCAAGCCUGCACAGGGUGCCAAGUACCGGGGCUCCAUCCGAGACUUCCCGGACUUUGAUCCCAGCCAGGAUGCUGAGGCUCUCUACACUGCCAUGAAGGGCUUCGGCAGUGACAAGGAGGCCAUUCUGGAGCUGAUCACCUCCCGGAGCAACCGGCAGAGGCAGGAGAUCACUCAGAGUUACAAGUCCCUCUAUGGCAAGGACCUCAUUGCUGACCUGAAGUAUGAGCUUACAGGGAAGUUUGAACGCCUGAUUGUGGGCCUGAUGAGGCCACUUGCCUAUUGUGAUGCCAAAGAAAUUAAAGACGCCAUCGUGGGUGCUGGUACCGAUGAGAAAUGCCUCAUUGAGAUCUUGGCCUCCAGAACCAACGAGCAGAUCCACCAACUGGUGGAAGCUUACAAAGAUGCCUAUGAGCGGGAUCUGGAAGCCGACAUCAUUGGUGACACCUCUGGCCACUUCCAGAAGAUGCUUGUGGUCCUGCUGCAGGGCACCAGGGAGAAUGAUGAUGUCGUGAGUGAGGACUUGGUGCAGCAGGAUGUCCAGGACCUGUACGAAGCAGGGGAACUGAAAUGGGGAACAGAUGAGGCCCAGUUCAUUUACAUCUUGGGAAAUCGGAGCAAGCAGCAUCUUCGCUUGGUGUUUGAUGAGUACCUGAAGACCACAGGAAAGCCAAUUGAAGCCAGCAUCCGUGGGGAGCUGUCCGGGGAUUUUGAGAAGCUAAUGCUGGCUGUAGUGAAAUGCAUCCGAAGCACCCCGGAGUACUUUGCUGAGAGACUCUUCAAGGCCAUGAAGGGCCUGGGGACCCGGGACAACACACUGAUCCGCAUUAUGGUCACCCGAAGUGAGCUGGACAUGCUGGACAUCCGGGAGAUAUUCCGGACCAAGUAUGAAAAGUCCCUGUACAGCAUGAUCAAGAAUGACACUUCCGGCGAGUAUAAGAAGGCUCUGCUGAAGCUAUGUGGGGGUGAUGAUGAUGCUGCUGGCCAGUUCUUCCCGGAGGCAGCGCAGGUGGCCUAUCAGAUGUGGGAACUUAGUGCAGUGUCCCGAGUAGAGCUGAAGGGAACUGUCCGCCCCACUGAUGAGUUCAAUCCAGAUGCAGAUGCCAAAGCCCUUCGCAAGGCCAUGAAGGGGCUCGGAACUGACGAGGACACCAUCAUCGACAUCAUCACGCACCGCAGCAACAGCCAGCGGCAGCAGAUCCGGCAAACGUUCAAGUCUCACUUUGGCCGGGAUCUAAUGGCUGACUUGAAGUCCGAGAUCUCUGGAGACCUGGCAAGGCUGAUUCUGGGGCUCAUGAUGACACCCCCCCACUAUGAUGCCAAGCAAUUGAAGAAGGCCAUGGAGGGUGCUGGCACAGAUGAAAAGGCUCUCAUAGAAAUCCUGACCACUCGGACCAACGCAGAAAUCCGGGCCAUCAAUGAAGCCUACAAGGAGGACUAUCACAGGUCUCUCGAAGAUGAUCUGAGCUCGGACACAUCCAGCCACUUCAGGAGGAUCCUCAUUUCUCUGGCCACGGGCAAUCGUGAGGAGGGUGGAGAAGACCGGGAUCGGGCCCGAGAAGAUGCCCAGGUGGCUGCUGAGAUCUUGGAAGUAGCAGACACGUCUAAUGGAGACAAAACAUCCUUGGAAACACGCUUCAUGACCAUCUUGUGCACUCGCAGCUAUCCACACCUCCGGAGAGUCUUCCAGGAGUUCAUCAAGAUGACUAACUAUGACAUAGAGCACGUCAUCAAGAAGGAGAUGUCUGGGGACGUUAGAGAUGCCUUCGUGGCCAUUGUUCAAAGUGUCAAGAACAAGCCUCUCUUCUUUGCUGACAAACUUUACAAAUCCAUGAAGGGGGCUGGCACAGAUGAGAAGACCCUCACCAGGGUCAUGGUCUCCCGGAGUGAGAUUGACCUGCUAAAUAUCCGACGAGAGUUCAUUGAGAAAUACGACAAAUCUCUGCACCAAACCAUUGAGAGUGACACGUCCGGAGACUUCCUGAAGGCCUUACUGGCUAUCUGUGGUGGUGAAGACUAAGACCUCCGCUUUGAUGGGUACCUUUACUGAAAACUGGUCAGCCAGCAGCCUCAGCCGCCAUGACCAAUCCUGAAUACUCCAGUUCCAGAGACUACAGAAGGGGCGGGGUUGGGGGAGGAGGGG